GCUGAGGAAACGACGCGCCGUGGGGGUGUCCCAUCGCAUCCGCUCAGAACGGAAGUAGGUUAGGUAGGUGACGUGUGGAAAGGGGAAACGCGUGGCGGUAUUGUUUAAUUGUUGGUUUGUUGGUGGACUGGUUGGUGGAGAGCGAACGAGACGAGUCAUGAAUACCCGCGUGGUCGAGCGCAACGUGCAUUGGGCGAGCUAGUAGCGCGAGUCAUGAGUACGCGGACAGGAACGAAGGAAUGGGAAAAAGCAAGGCACUAUGGAACUACGGCCACGGAACUACGGCCACGUGUAACUACGGUAGUUCAACGUGCAUACGGCGAGCAGACAGAGAAAGCGCACAGUCUGCCGCCCCGGGAGGUUGCGCAUCUCUCGCUUACCCAUUGCCCGGCCGGCAUAAGCUGGCAACGAAGCAACCUCGCUACCGCACCUCGCAUCGUCCAUUGCCCCAAGCGGCAAUCAGCCAGGCAUCAAUCCGCUCGCCCCACGCCGCAACCACCAACAAGCAAGGACGGAACGCACAUUACGACACCGGAAAGUCCACCCACAGACCACACGCUCAGAUCCCCCAUCGAUCAUAUCAGCCCUGCAGCUGCCAUAUACCCGCCUCCUUCGUAUUCCUCCCGCCAACCCAGCCCUCAAGCAUUGCUUCCACUCGCCCACUACGCAUGGAAAGCCCUGCACCCCUCCCGAAGGAUCACCGACCCAACAACCGGUCACGAGGGCCCUCCCCCUGAGGAUGCGGGCGUGAUAAAGCAUGAAUCCCUCAUCUUACGCGCUGUGUGCGUAAAAUGAGCUGUUUGCGUAACAUGGGAAAGCGAGCUGGAAAACCGGUCACGGCGCACAGUCGCCGGAUUCCAAAUACCGAGGGCUUCAUUUCGGCACCUGAGUGAGCUUUCUAUGCCAUGCCAUGCCUGCAGGAACACUCCGUCGUCCGAGAGUAGCAUGAUCAUU